AUGGCCAUUGUACUUUUGACAGCAGGUUGGUUUGGCGAAGAGUCAGAUUUCCGCGGCCGAUUAUUUGUCAUUCGCACUUCAGCUGUUGGUAUGAUUCUGUAUACGGCCAUGAUCAUCUUGGUUGCUGAGUACCAAGAUGUCGUGGGUAUUAUACCGAUCUUCAUUGCACCUAUAUUGAAGGGACUUUUGGCGGGUGAACACACUGUUUUCUCAGCCUUCAACGCUUACAUAUCAGAUGCUACAGACCCACGAGAUCGCACACUCUACAUGUCAUUUAUUAUGGCAACCAUGUUCUCUGGCUUGGCUGUAGGUCCAUUGCUAGGCAGUUGGGUCAUCCAGCAAACUGGCUCUUUAGUCAACAUAUUUUACAUUAAUCUCGUGGGCGACAUCGGUUAUCUCCUUUAUGCACUCUUCAUUUUACCAGAAUCUAAUCCGUUUGUUGGACAACACAGCACCAAGAAACGCAAAACCAUCAAAGAAAGUCUGAAUAUUUUUUCUGCCCUCCACAUCAUCGUACGAACUAGACCAGCCCAUGCCAAUCGCUAUGCAUUGUACCAAAUGGCGACUAUUAUGUUUCUCAUCACCAUCAUCAUGAUACCCCCAACCUUACUCUAUGCCAUGUUGAAAUUUGGAUGGACUGCCUACGAGGGUGGUUUCUACAUGAGCAUGUCUUCGUUCGUACGCCUUAUUGCCCUCAUGGUGUUGCUUCCGAUUCUUACUCGUCUCUUCAAGCGACCCGGUCAAAGCCGUCGCAACGAUAUCUUGUUUGACGUCUGGAUGAUGAGAGCUGGAUACUUGGUGGAUGCAGUGGGUCUAGCGCUAUUGGCUAUGGUGCCUACAGGUGGAACAUUCUAUGCAGCAGGCGCCAUCCAGGCCCUAUCGAUGAUUGCCCAGCCGAGCACCAGGUCGCUCCUGACCAUGCUGGUCAAGCCCACCGAAAUAGGUGAACUCUUUGGUGCCAUUUCGGUUGUGGAUGCAUUUGCUGGCAUUGUUUCACAAUUUUGCGUCAAUGCAUUGUAUGCGGCUACGGUUAAAACCAUGCCGGGCUUGACGUUCUAUUUCUGUGCCUUCGUCGCCCUCCUCACCAGUUUGACCGCUUUCCUUGUCCAUCCCACAGCCAGCAGUGAGGAUGAGGUCCAAACCGAUGACGCACCUCCUCAAAGCAACCAGCCCAACUUGGCAACCACCAUUGCUGUCGAGGCACCAGAGGUGGCCAAUGAUUUGAUUUAGUGCCGACAUCAUGAACAAUAGUCGCUGGCGACAUAUCAGUGUUGUCCAACUUUGCAUUGUACACUUUAAACCUGGUGUACAUUAUACCAAACAAAUUUAAUCAAUAAACUAUGUUGUAAUUCGCACAUAAAUAGCAGCAGUAGCAGAGGCUCUUUAUAUAUGGAAU